AUGAGCAACGUCCUUUCUUUACCCAACCAGAUCAUCUUUGCUGUUCAACGUUUCAUGUUCACAAUGGCAUUCCUAUGUACAUCAAAUCCUUCCCUGACAACUUGUAAAUACAAUUCAGAAGGCCAAUUCAUUGGUUUGCCUGGUUGUUAUAGCUUUGUUCCCACAUACAAUUGGAUCAAGCAAUGUAUUGUGUCUAUCUUUAUCAUUUUCUUGAUUGGAUACUUAUCACCUGUCUUUGAGGUCUUUAGUACUCAGAUUCAAUCUCAUGCCUUGUUGACCAACAUGGCAUUUGGUGGAGCGCAAUAUAAUGCAACUGGACAUGGAUUUGCGACCACACAAAUCUCAUUUGCAAUUAUCUACUCAUGUUUUGCAGGACCAAAGUUCUUGAGGUGGAUGUGUAAAGGAAAUGGUCGAUCACAUGAAAAUUCUUGGAUUGGAUACUGUCAAUCAUCUAGAACUCAAAUCACUGGAUUCAAGAAGAAAAGAUUGGGUACACCUUCUGAGAAGCUUUUCACCAACAUUCCUAGACCGGGGUGGAAAGUGAUCUUGUUACAUAUCAGAAAUCUUUGCUCCUAUGGCUUUGACCACAAUCUUAUUGUUUGCUGA